GUUAAGUGGCGCACCGUCCUCCUCCUCCCCAUCUUUCACCUAGAGUAAAGCCAGGCGGACGGAGCGCCUCCUUACCGAGCUCGAACUGUGGGAACUGGGAAUCAGCGCUGACUGUCAGCGGCCAACCGGUCGAGCUCUGCAGUGUAGGGGGAUAGAGAAGGAGGUGGUGUGAGGGAGAGAACAUUAUAGAUAAAGACAGUGAGAUGGGUCCGGAGGCUGUGAGGUAUUCGUGAUUGUCAAGUAAACGGCGGUGAAGUUCUCCUGCUCCGCACGGAUCUUUUCUUCAGGUCGGUGAGUGUGUGAUUGCGCGUUCAGCAUGAGUAACAUCUAUGAGUCUGCAGAGGCCACGCUGGGCUUCAUCAGCUCUCCGUGCCUGACCAAAGUGGAGCUGAGAGUGGCCUGCCGGGGGAUCUCGGAUCGUGACGCCCUUUCCAAACCUGACCCGUGUGUGGUGCUGAAGAUGCAGUCACACGGCCAGUGGUUUGAGGUGGACCGCACAGAGGUCAUUCGCAGCAGCAGCGGCCCGGUUUUCUCCAAGAUUUUCUUGGUGGAUUAUUACUUUGAGGAGGUCCAGAGGCUCCGCUUUGAACUUCACGACAUCAGCUCCGGCAACAAUGGCCUCCGUGAUGCUGACUUCUUGGGAGCCAUGGAGUGUACCUUAGGACAGAUUGUUUCACAGAGGAAACUGACUAAAGCUCUUCUCAAACAGGGAAACACUGCUGGAAAGUCUUCUAUCACGGUGACAGCUGAGGAAUUGUCUGGAAAUGACGAUUACGUUGAACUCUCAUUCAGUGCGCGUAAGCUGGACGAUAAGGAUUUCUUCAGCAAGUCAGACCCUUUCCUGGAGAUUUUUAGAAUAAAUGAUGACGGCACCGAGUCGCUUGUGCACAGAACCGAGACGGUCAUGAACAACCUGAGCCCAGUUUGGAAAUCCUUCAAAGUUUCCUUAAACACACUCUGCAGUGGAGACCACGACAGGGAGCUUAAGUGCACAGUUUGGGACUGGGACUCCAAUGGAAAACAUGACUUCAUCGGAGAGUUUCAUACCACGUUUAAGGAGAUGAGGGUAGAGCAGGAGGGCAAACAGAUCCAAUGGGAAUGCAUCAACCCUAAAUAUCAGAUGAAGAAGAAGAAUUACAGAAACUCUGGCGUUGUCAUUCUCAACCACUGUAAGAUUAUUAAAAUGUAUUCCUUCCUGGAUUACAUCAUGGGAGGCUGCCAGAUUCAGUUCACAGUGGCGAUAGAUUUUACAGCAUCCAAUGGAGAUCCCAGAAACAGCUGCUCCCUCCACUACAUCCACCCCUACCAGCCCAAUGAGUACCUCAAAGCGCUGGUGGCUGUAGGAGAGAUAUGCCAAGACUAUGACAGUGAUAAGAUGUUCCCUGCAUUUGGAUUUGGAGCUCUGAUACCCCCUGACUUCAAGGUUUCACACGAUUUUGCUGUGAACUUUGAUGAGGACAAUCCUGAAUGUGCAGGGAUCCAAGGUGUGGUGGAGGCCUAUCAAAAUUGCCUCCCUAAGAUCCAGCUGUACGGGCCCACCAACAUCGCUCCAAUCAUUCAGAAAGUGGCCUCCUCUGCCUCAGAGGAAAUGCACACCAAAGAAGCCAUGGAAUACUUCAUCCUGCUAAUCCUGACGGACGGCGUCAUCACCGACAUGGCCGACACGCGAGAGGCCAUCGUGCACGCCUCUCACCUGCCCAUGUCUGUCAUCAUUGUUGGUGUGGGCAACGCAGACUUCACAGACAUGCAGAUCCUGGACGGCGAUGACGGGAUUCUGCGUUCGCCCAAGGGCGAGCCUGUCCUCCGCGACAUCGUCCAGUUUGUCCCUUUCAAGGACUUCAAGCAUGCCUCCCCUGCUGCCCUUGCUAAGAGUGUUUUGGCAGAAGUCCCUAACCAGGUGGUAGAUUACUACAACGCGAAAGGAAUUAAACCCAAGUGCAUGUCAGAUUAUGAGUCCACAAGAACCUUCAGCCCCUGACAAUGGACUGCGUGCACACAUACAUACAAUUACAUAUACAUGUAUGAAUCCUAUAUCUACAUUUAAGUACUGUAUAAAACGUAUACAUGUCCAAAAGCACAAGCACACACAUACACAAACAAACAUGUACACAAAACAAUACUACAUACAGUAGACUAGCUCAGAGAAUUAGCUCGUUCUGGUGAUACAAAUUGAACUACUCUGUUGAUGACUAUUGCAUGUUUGGCCACAGUGGCAUCACCUGGGAAAUUAACUACUGUAUUAUCUACUGUACAUUAAAAAAGGUAUUUAUAGAAAUAAGAACAGUCUUCUGAAACAGCAUGCAUACGCAGACCUUAGCUCACUGGGGAAAAAAAUGACACUCUUACCUUAUUUAGAUAACUAGCAAGUGCAUAGACCAAACUAUCUGUCAGCAUAGAACCUAACAUGUGAGAUGCAAAACCCGAAAUGCGUAGAAUUAGCAUUGCAAAUGUUAUUUAUAGGAUUGAUAGCAUUUCUGUUUGUGUACUGCAUAAAUGCAUGCAUAAUUCAGCUCCUGUUAAUUCCCCUUUUCUAGUAGUUGCUUGCUAGUUAUGAAAUAAAGUAUCUCUGUCAUUUGUGUAAGAUUCGGGGUUGUCUUUGGUGUUUGGGGUUCUUUUCUACAGAUUUGUUUGACAUUUUGCUAAAUGGAAUGAACAACUGAAUAAUUGUAAUAAUUUCUUAAUAACCUUCUUACAUUGUAAAGAGUUUUGGGAGGAUAGAAACGCUUGUGUGGUAGAUACUCAUCUGUGAGCUGAAAAUGUUUUUUUCUUCUGUAUUCUGCAUGUUGAUUAUAAUAAAGACC